AAACAGGAAAUGGAGCUAUCUUUGAUAGGACUUCAGGGUUCUGGAAAGUCAUCACUUGUAAAUGUUGUUGAUACUGGUGCAUAUAGUGAAGACAUGACCACUACGAUGAGAUUUAAUAUGAGGAAGGUAACAAAAGGAAAUGUCACCAUAAAGUUUUGGGAUCUUGGAGGUCAAGCAAGGUUCCGCAGUAUGUGGGAGCGAUAUUGUCGUGUAGUUUCUGCUAUUGUCUAUGCUGUUGAUGCUGCUGAUCCAGACAACCUGAGUAUCUCAAAAAGCGAGCUGCAUGAUUUGCUGAGCAAAUCCUCACUUAGUGGUAUCCCGUUGCUAGUGUUGGGAAACAAGAUUGACAAGCGGGGAGUUGUGUCUGAGCAGGCUUUAAUUGACCAAAUGGGACUCAAGUCAAUUAUUGAUAGAGAAGUUUGUUGCUUCAUGAUCUCGUGCAAGAACUUGACAAACAUUGAUUCAGUAAUUGAUUGGCUUGUAAAGCAUUCCAAAUCGAACAGCUGA